UUGUGAGGAAUCAGAAAUGCACAGAUCAAAACCUCGUCGGUCAGCCGUCGUCUCGACCUAGCAACACGGAUCCGGCGGCGAUUCCCAGUCUGCACUCCGUCCGAGGCAGAGGAAAGAAUGGCAUCUUCCGGCACCAGCAUCGCCGUCGCAGAGGCUGUCUGGGAGCAGAUCAAAUCCUCCCGCUCAGCGUCCGACGAUCACCUUUCCAUAUUGCACUUCCUCUUCGGCAAGAACUUGGAGCGCGCCACUAGGAUCGUCGACCAGGGAGGCGUCCGGAAGUUGUCAGCCACGCCCAGCCGCCGGUCCCUCUUCUUGGUCCAUUCCCGCGCUCUCUCAUUUCCUCCUGCUACUGAAAUGCUCCUGCUUUUGCUUUUGCUAUUGCUAACCACAUUGGGAGACGGGGCGUUUCAGGUAGUCGGGGAGUCAAGGAAGAAAGAGGAGUACAUCUGCUUCCCGGAGCACCACUGCACUUGCUAUUCCUUCUUCUACGACGUUGUCAAUCGGGGGGAGCAGCUCUGCUGUAAGCAUCAGAUAGCUGCUCGGUUAGCGGAAGCUGUUGGCCAGCUCGAGGAGAUGGAGGUGUCUGAUGAGCAGUUGGCGGUGAUGCUAUCAAAGCUCUGAUUCAAAGAAGUGGAACCCCAUCUGAUUAGUUAGUUAUCUUGUGUGCUUUCACUAAUUCGUGCUUCCCCUAAUCCCCUUUGUGUUUUCUAAGAUGUUCAUGUUAUUUGAACUUGGUUUGGAUGAUGGAUCCAAACAUAAAUUAGACAUGGUUAUUUCUAAGAUUAGAUUUCUAUACAUGAUCAA